AUGAUUGAUAUUUUCACCAUUGGGAUACAUUCUACGAUUAUCAGUGAGAUCAAUUACAAAUAUGAAUUACAGUGUUCUACCAAGGGCCAACAGAACAUGGCUCAAUGUUAUUUACUCUUAGGAAACCAAAAUGGAAAUACAACCGUUAGUAAAUGUUUACAAAUACCCAUAAUGAUGAACGAAUCAAAUAAUUUUGAAUUCGAAAUAGAUAUUGAAUUGUUUCAUGAAAGAUAUAAUCUUAUAAAACAAGUUCAAUCAAACGAUAUCAUACCGUUAGGUAUCCUUUUAGUUAAUAGCAAGAUAUUUCAUUACGAUGAGAUAAUAGAAUCAACAAUCGUAUUAAACCACCUAGGGUUACCAUCACCAUUAAACAUUUUAUUUCGAUAUGAACCAAUCCAGAUUACUAAUGGCAACAGCAGUUCAUUAGAAUGUUAUCAAAGAGAUAAUGAUAGUUUGGAAAUGAACUUUCAAAGAAGAAUAUUUGAGAUUAUUAUGGACACAAAAAUUGAGAUUUCAAAUGACGUGAUUAACAGAGGGAUGGAAGAGGAUCCAAAUAAGACGAUAACGUCAAAUUCCAUGAAUAAUCAUCAUCAUAAUAAUAAUUAUUCAAUAUCAGCAUUUCAAGAAUUCAAUGAUAUUAAUGAGAAUGAAGAUAAAUUAGUCACCGAAUUGCUUAGACGAGUAAAUUCGAUAAUAUCAUUCUUAUCACAAGAAAGGAUACAUCCUCUGAUAUAUAAUGAAAAUUAUGAAUUAUUAUUAAGGAAGACUUCAAUAUUAGUAUCUCAAUUAGAACUGAGCCCUACUUCUGAUAUUGAAAAUGAGAUUUUAAACAAAGAGAAUGAAAUUAAAUUACUUCAAAUUGCAUGCAAUCAAUGGGAGAUGGUGACACCCCAUUAA